AUGUGGAUGUACAAAAGAGCCAUGGGCAAGAUAUGGGGUUUAAAACCCAAAGUCGCCCUGUGGGUCUACGAAGCGGUCCUCGUUCCGCGCGUGACGUACGCCGUAGUGAUCUGGUGGCCCAGGGUGGAAAGGGUGGGGGCUCGGAACCUGCUGCGAAGCCUGCGGGGGGGCUUCCUGCGGACGGCGGCGGGGGCCAUGAAGACCACCCUUACUGAGGCGCUGGAAGUGGCUCUCGGUCUUCUACCUCUGGACCUCCGGAUCCUUGCACAAGCGAGGAUCGCGGCGUACAGGCUCAAGUGUCAGGGGGAGUGGAUGCCCACAGGCACGAGUCAUACUGGGCUAAGGUUUCUAAACGGGCCCCUGUUCACAGCUACACAGGAUCAAAUCCCCCAAAAAUAUCAAAUAGGUAAAGCAUUUAGAAUGAUCAUACCUACCAGGGAGAAAUGGCAGAGGCCAAAAUCCCCAAUUGACCCUAAGGCAGAAGCCUGGUAUACCGAUGGAUCAGGAUUCAAGGGCAGCUACGGGGCUGGUAUCUAUGAGUCAAAGACGAACCAUAGGGAUAGUAUCUUGAUGGGAACGCAUGCCACGAUCUUCCAGGUUGAAAUACUGGCAACAAGUAAGAGUGUCAGAAGUUUGCUUAUGAAGAAAAUAAACUAUGGACACGUAUACAUCCGCACGGGCAGCCGAACUGUUAUCGAAGCUCUUGCCAACGCCACCACGUCAGACGUGGUCUGGAAAUGUAUGCAAGACUUGGAAAACCUAGGGACCCGGACCAAGGUAACCAUAAUCUGGGUAUCAGGGCACCAAGGAAUACCAGGCAAUAAGGUGGUGGAUGAUCUGGCCAAAAAGGGAGUCUUAAAUACACCUUCGGGACAGGUUGUAGGGAACCCUUUGCAGAAGGAAAGCGAGAAAUCAGGAACUCUCUAG